ACAGAGGUGGAGAGGACCGUGCACCGGGAGGGCAGAGCACCCUGGAGGGGCGACAGGACAGGCCGAGUGGUGCUCAGAGCGUGCGCAAGGGGUUGGCUAACGGCCCCAGGUGACACCGCAAGAUAUUCCCAACUCAGGGAGACCAAGCUCCAGCUUGCUUACUUGCUAUACAAAAUGAUAUUCCUCACGGCACUGCCUAUGUUCUGGAUUAUGAUUUCAGCCUCCAGAGGAGGUCACUGGGGGGCCUGGAUGCCCUCAUCCAUCUCGGCCUUUGAGGGCACGUGCGUCUCCAUCCCCUGCCGCUUUGACUUCCCUGAUGAGCUCCGGCCAGCUGUGGUGCACGGAGUGUGGUACUUCAACAGCCCCUACCCCAAGAACUACCCGCCGGUGGUCUUCAAGUCUCGCACUCAAGUUGUCCACGAGAGCUUCCAGGGCCGCAGCCGCCUGCUGGGGGACCUGGGCUUGCGCAACUGCACCCUCCUGCUUAGCACCCUCAGCCCCGAACUGGGCGGCAAGUAUUACUUCCGCGGGGACCUGGGAGGCUACAAUCAGUACACCUUCUCAGAGCACAGCGUCCUGGACAUCAUCAACACCCCCAACAUCGUGGUGCCCCCGGAAGUGGUGGCAGGGAAGGAAGUGGAGGUCAGCUGCAUGGUGCCAGACAACUGCCCAGAACUGCGGCCUGAGCUGACCUGGCUGGGCCACGAGGGGCUGGGGGAGCCCAGUGUGCUGGGUCGGCUGCGCGAGGACGAGGGCACCUGGGUGCAGGUGUCGCUGCUGCACUUUGUGCCCACUAGGGAGGUCAAUGGCCACCGACUGGGCUGUCAGGCCGCCUUCCCCAACACCACCCUGCAGUUUGAGGGCUACGCCAGCCUGGACGUCAAGUACCCCCCGGUGAUUGUGGAGAUGAACUCUUCGGUGGAAGCCAUCGAGGGCACCCACGUCAGCUUGGUCUGUGUGGCUGACAGCAACCCGCUGCCGCUGCUCACCUGGAUGCGGGAAGGGACGGUGCUUCGGGAGGCGGUGGCCGAGAGCCUGUACCUGGAGCUGGAAGAGGUGACCCCCGCGGAGGACGGCGUCUACGCCUGCCUGGCGGAGAACUCCUAUGGCCAGGAGAACCGCACCGUGGAGCUCAGCGUCAUGUAUGCACCUUGGAAGCCGACAGUGAAUGGAACAAUGACAGCCAUGGAGGGGGAGACGGUCUCCAUCCUGUGCUCUACACAGAGCAAACCCGACCCUAUUCUCACCAUCUUCAAGGAGAAGCAGAUCCUGGCCACGGUCAUCUACGAGAGCGAGCUGCAGCUGGAGCUGCCUGCAGUCACCCCUGAGGAUGACGGGGAGUACUUGUGUGUGGCUGAGAACCAGUAUGGCCAGAGGACCACUGCCUUCAAUGUGUCAGUGGAAUUUGCCCCCAUGAUCCUCCUGGAAUCGCACUGCGCCGCGGCCCGUGACACAGUGCAGUGUCUGUGCGUGGUGAAAUCAAACCCCGAGCCAUCUGUGGCCUUCGAGCUGCCAUCUCGCAAUGUGACGGUGAACGAGACAGAGCGGGAGUUCGUGUACUCAGAGCGCACUGGCCUCCUGCUCACCAGCAUCCUCACACUUCGGGGACAGGCCCAAGCCCCGCCCCAUGUCAUCUGCACCUCCAGGAAUCCAUAUGGCACCAAGAGCCUGGAGCUGCCCUUCCAGGGAGCUCACCGACUGAUGUGGGCCAAGAUUGGGCCCGUGGGGGCUGUGGUUGCCUUUGCCAUCCUAAUUGCCAUCGUCUGCUACAUCACCCAGACCCGAAGAAAAAAGAACGUGACAGAGAGCCCCAGCUUCUCGGCAGGGGACAACCCCCACGUCCUGUACAGCAGCGACUUCCGCAUCUCUGGGGCACCAGAGAAGUACGAGAGCCUGCCAGGGUCCCUGAAGAGGGAAGACACCAGGAAACAGCUCGGGCUCCUUCCUGCCAGACAGGACGACAUGCAUCCCCUCGCACCUGGGCUCCUGUUGCUCCUUGACCUGGCUUUCUGUGACUCUGAAGGCUUGAUAUUUAAAUACCCCAAAACCAUCUAUGCCUGGGAGCAAGCCUGCGUCUGGAUUCCCUGCACAUACAAAAACAAACAGAACCAAGAGCAGCACCUGGAUAACUUCACUUUGUACCACAAUCCUGAGUAUGACAAAGCCAUCAAAGACUACAACGGGACUAUCCUCUAUACGAAGACGAAGACAGGGGAACACUUCACCAGUGACGGAAGGGUACAAAAGACAGAAAAUAACUGUACCUUAAGCAUCAACCCGGUGUCCUUCCAAGACAGUGGCACGCUGGGGAUGAGAGUGAAGUGGAGAGAAGGGGGUAAAGAGGAAAAAUGGAUGGCUGAGCUGCACCUCAAUGUCUCCAAAACUCCCCCUCCCCCUCACCUCCAGCUCCUUACUUCAAGAAUAGUGGAGUCCCAGUCUGUCACUGCCAGCUGCUUUCUGAAUUUUUCUUGCUUUGGGUACGACAUCAAGUUGUGGUGGUCCCUGGAGGGGCUCAACUCCACUUCCUCUUCUAAAGACUCCACCUCCCUCUCCACUGACAACGUCUUCACCAAGAGUGAUCUCACCUUCCAACCACGGUGGACUCACCACAGGAAGAACCUGAGCUGCCGGGUCCUGCAUUCGUCCACGGUGCUCUCUGAGGAAACGGUGCAGCUGGAUGUGAAGCACACUCCGAAAUUGAAGAUCGAGGUCAGUCCCAGAGACGCCGUGGUAAUGAAGGGGGAGUUCGUGAACAUGACUUGCCAGGUCACCAGCAGCAACCCAGAGUACAAGACUAUAUCCUGGCUCAAGAAUGGGAACCUCAUGAAAGAACAGCAGCAGCCCACCCUAACUCUGUCCAAAGUGACCAAGGAAAUGGCAGGGACUUAUCACUGUCAGGCCUCCAAUGACGUGGGGCUGGGGAGGUCGGAAGAAGUGAAUCUCAAAGUGCUGUAUGCACCAGAACCAUCCAUGGUUCAGAUCCACCCAUCACCUGCUGAAGAGGGAAAAUUAGUAGAGCUGAUUUGUGUAUCGUCGGCCAAUCCUCCUGCAAAAAAUUACACUUGGCAUCACAAUGGGAACAAAAUCCCAGAAAAGACAGAAGAGAAACUUUGCAUCUCUCAGGUCUCCCGUGAGGAUGCUGGGAAUUAUUCCUGCUUGGCAGAAAACGUUUAUGGCCGUGGACAAAGCGGCCAGGUUGCCGAGCUGCAUGUGCAGUACCCCCCCAAGGAGGUGACUGUGGUGAUUCAGAACUCCACGCUCAUUCGAGAAGGGGACAGCGUGAAGCUGGUCUGUAGAUACCACUCCAGUAACCCGGAUGUUUCCCAUUAUUACUGGACCCCUGGAAGCUCCUUGAAUAAGCCAAUCAAUGAAGUGCUGUGGGUUUACAAGGUUGCCUGGGACACUCCACCCAUCACCUGCAAAGCCUGUAACCAGUGGUGUUCGGAGUCAUCCCCUGUCAGCCUGGAUGUCCAGUAUGCCCCCAGAGAUGUGAAGAUCCUGCAGAUAAGGCCCCAGUCAGAGAUUCUCGCCGGGCACCAGGUUGUCCUCCGAUGUGACUUCUCACAAAGCCGUCCCAAAGACGUCCACUUCUUCUGGAUGAAAAACGGAAGUCUCCUGAAAGAAGGACGAGAACUGGUUUUCAACUCCACCUCCCCAGAAGAUGCUGGAAAUUAUAGCUGUUCAAUCAAUAACUCCAUAGGACAGACCACGUCCAAGACCUGGAGGCUCCAAGUGCUGUAUGCACCCCGGAGGCUGCAUGUGUCCAUCACCCCAGGGCACAGAGUGAUGGAGGGGAGGAAGGCAGCCCUGACUUGCGAGAGUGACGCCAACCCUCCUGUGUCCCACUACGCCUGGUUCGACUGGAAUAAUCAAGACCUCCAGUACAGUGGGAAGACGCUGAGGCUGGAGUCUCUGAAGAUCAAACACUCGGGCUCCUACUGGUGCCAGGGGUCCAACAGGCUGGGCACGGCCGAGUCAGCCCCCAGCACCCUCACGGUCUACUACAGCCCAGAGUCUAUUGGCAGGCGAGUUGCCAUAGGAAUCGGGUCCUGCCUGGCCAUCGUCAUCAUAGCCAUCUGGGGAGUGAAGUUUCAGCAACACAGGAAGAGGGCACAGAGCCGGCAGGGGCUUCAGGACAAUUCCAGUAGCCAGAGCUUCUUUGUGCGGAAUAAAAAGGUUAGAAGGGCGACCCUCUCCGAAGGCCCCCAGUCCCUGGGGUGCUAUAAUCCUGUGAUAGAAGAUAGCAUCAGCUACGCCACCUUACACUUUCCUGAGACGGACGCACCAAGAACUAGAGACGCAGGGACCUCUGAAACGCAGCGACCUCUCCCUAGCGGGGACGACACGGUCACGUACUCGGUGGUGCAGAGACGUCAUGUGGGUGACUACGAGAACAUGGUGCCGGAUCUUUCCGAAGACGAGGGGAUCCAUUACUCGGAGCUGGUGAAGUUUGGGGUUGGAGAGCCGUCCCCGGCACAUGAAAAUGUGGAGUACGUGACUCUCAAGCACUGAGUCAGGAACCAGCUGUGGGGAAACUGCCUGGGGCUGCAGGAGACACAGAAGUCCCAGAGCAUCCCCAGCCCCUCAGCCCUCCCAGUGACUGUGGAAAACCUUGGGCUGGCCCAGAGUCAGACUUCGUUCUCAGCAUUGGUAACCCAUACCCUCUGAAAACUCUAUCCCUGGCUUUUUUCCUCUCCUUCCCACACAGAAUCUCACCUAUACACCCACCCUCUGCUGUACAGUCAGCCCCUCCCCCGCCAUCUGCCACCAUCUGCCCUCUCCCAAUCCCUGCCCCAGCUUGCUGCGACCCUGCUGGGACUUGUCACUGAUUUUUCUUCUUUUGACCCCUUCACCUACAUUCACUGAUUUUAUGCUCAGUUUCUGCCCCUCGGGGAAUCCCGAGGAAGGACAGAAAUGAGGUAGAAAGAGGUGCUGUCCCCCGUUGGCUUCGCCCCAAGAAACCUGUCUACCAGCAAGCCAGGCUUCCACAGAGAGGAUGACACCACAGCAGCGGCCCUGCCCUCAGGGUCCCAGGGACUGAGCAGAAGUACUCACGAGGACACAAAACGGACCAAGAGACACACAAUAAAAAUGGCACAGAUGCUACUUCUAAGA